AUGGCCGGCAAGGUGCUCCCGCCGCCGGAGAGUCUUCUCACCUUCUACCCGCAGUCCCUCGCAUUUGUGCAGCGCGAUGGCCGCGGCGACGCCGACGUGAUGACGACCGCCACGACGUACGCCCUGCGCCGCGGGCAGCGACUCGUCGUGGGGAAAUUUGUCCCCGACGCGAACAACGAGGACCCGUCGAACCCCAAACACGUCCCCCGCCCCGCCGGUCGCCCGGGCCGAUCCCGCCAGCGGCUUCCGAUGAUCCCCCGCCGCGACGGCCCCCCCGCCCGCUCCUCCCGCUCCUCAGAGAUUGAUUGCUCCUCCGUCUCCUCAUCCACCUCCUCACAACAGGGGCAGGGGGAGGAACAGAUACCACAGGCGUGUAGAGCAGUAGAGACGGAGAAGACAACGUACACAGUAGUGGAACCAAUCUAUCCAUUCUCUUCAUCCAGUUUAUUCUUUCCUAUACACUACUCUAAUCGUUCACAGAGCAGGAUAAAUAAUAGUCAGAGCCCUGCUCAAAUUAAUCUUAAAUACCACGGUCGUGAUCGAGUUCAACUUAGAUUUAAUACUCUUGUUGUUCAAAAGAACAACCUCAACAGAAUGUGCUUGUAUAAACUUGGUCCAGGUGUUGUGGCAUUUAAGGUGGUUAUAGAUGCUUUUGAAGCGGCAGGUAUGAAAUAUACCCCUUCAAAUGAACUCUUUAAUGUCAUAUGGGCUAAACGAGCAACCCCGUAUACUUUAUCUCAUUUGGGGCCUUAUCAAAAAGUUAACCAUUUUCCUGGAACUUGGGGAGUUGGGCGUAAGGAUAGUUUGGCAAUUAAUAUUUCAAAAAUGCAACGUUACUUUGGUGCUGAUACUUUUGACAUUAUUCCUACAACAUUCCUUAUUCCUAAACAAUGGGAUGAACUGGAAGAAUAUGUAAAAUGUCAACCUGACACUAAUGAUGAUCCACUUAUAUUUAUAGUAAAACCAAGUGCUUCUAGUUGUGGACGUGGAAUUCAUUUGUAUCGUGGAAUGCCACCUAUGCCAUCAGGAAUUAAACAAAUGGUAUGUCAACGUUACGUAGGAAAUCCCAUGUUAAUUUACGGAAGAAAGUUUGACCUUCGUCUUUACUGUGUAGUAACGUCAUUUGACCCAUUACGUAUUUUUAUUUUUGAUGAAGGUCUAGUUAGAUUUGCAGCGCAAAAGUACCCUGGUAUGGACAAGGAUUUGGAUAAUAUUCAUAUGCAUUUAACUAAUUACUCUGUAAAUAAAACGGCUGAGUUAAAUAUUGCAAGUCGUGGAAAGGAAUAUCAUUCAGAUGAUCCUUUGGACAUAAAGUGGUGCCUCUCUGAUUUCCGUGAUUUUUUGAUUAAAAACCAAAUGGAUGGUAAAGAAAUAUGGGAAAAAAUUAUGCAUGGAUGUGAAGAUGCAGUUAUUAAAGCAUUUCUUAGUAUUGAAAAUGACGUGGUUGAACGAAUAAGACGAGAAUGUAGAGAUAAAACAGGACGUGGGUGUUUUGAGUUAUAUGGUUUAGACCUAAUGGUAGAUGAUAACCAUAAUGUAAGACUUAUUGAAGUUAAUAUUAUGCCUUCUUUGGCUACAGGAACUCCUCUUGACAAGGCUGUUAAAUCACGAAUGUUAGCACAUUUACUUACCCUUAUUCGUGUUAUUCCACACCAACGCAACGCUACAGGAUUCACUCCACCAGAUUUGGGAGAUAAUUCUUCAGAACGCCAUGAUGUGCGCUACCGAUUUGGGCGACACCCUCUCAGAGAUUCAGAACUUGUGCGAAAACCCCUACUCAGUCGUUUUAAUGACCCUAAAGAUCCUGAUUCUAUUUUAUCAACUGCAGAACACCUUCUUUUGGUGGAGGCAGAAGAAGAGUUGGCAUGUGCUGGAGGAUUUCGUCGGAUAUUUCCUACAGCGGAGAAUGUGCUCACAUAUUUGCCAUACUUUACAAAUGGUGUUCUUCGAAAUAAUUAUCUCUUGGCAUCGGCAGUGCGAAUGCAGGCAAGGGCGACAAGGUGA